UAUGUAAUACUUGUAUACAUACUUGUAUAUAUGUAAUUCUUGUAUUCUUUAAACUUUGGUGGUAUUUGGCCCAUAUUCACAAUUGGGCCAAGUCAUAUGCCUAUCUUUUUCGGCGGGAAAACCCUACUUUCCCUCCUUAAUUAAACCUCUUAAACCCAGGAAAGUGCUUCCAAUUUCGGCGGGAAAAUCAACCAACAAAUCUAGAACAUACCCAGAAUUUAGAGAGAGAAAAAGAGGAGAGAGAAAAAUGGGUGAAGAAGAUGAAGUAGAGAUGACAGAAGCACAAUUGAACGAAGAAUUUGCAGUUUGGAAGAAGAACACUCCGAUCCUUUACGAUCUCGUCGUUUGUCAUCCCUUGGAAUGGCCAUCUCUAACCGUUCAAUGGCUUCCAUCAUCACCCCAAAUCAACCCAGAUUCAUCUCUCGCCGUUCAUCAACUUAUCCUCGGGACCCACACUUCCGAUGAUUCCCCCAAUUAUCUUAUGGUUGCUGAUGCUCACCUUCCCUCCAACAAUGGCCCCUGUUCCUCUGCUCCUAAGGUGGAGAUUGUGAAGAAGUUUUGUGUUGAUGGGGAGGUGAAUCGAGCUGGGUUUAUGCCGCAAAAGCCGAAUCUUGUUGCUGCGAAAACGAGUGGUUUGGAGGUUUAUGUUUUUGAUGUUGCUAAGGAAGCAAACUCGAAUUCGUGUGAUCCUGAGGUGAGAUUGAGGGGUCAUGAGAAGGAAGGUUAUGGGCUUUCAUGGAGUCCUUUAAAAGAGGGUUAUUUGUUGAGUGGUUCUUAUGAUUGCAAGAUUUGUUUGUGGGAUGUGUCUUCCAUGCCUCAAAGUAAAGUUCUUGAUUCCAUGAAUGUUUAUAAGGCUCAUGAGAAUAUAGUUGAGCAUGUGGCUUGGCAUCCAAAGAAUGAAAACUUGUUUGGUUCGGUAGGUGAUGAUGCAAGGCUUAUGAUCUGGGAUUUGCGCUCUGAUAAGCCCCAGCAGUCUGUUAUAGCUCAUGAAAAAGAGGUUAAUUAUCUAUCUUUCAACUCAUUCAACGAAUGGAGUGUGGCGACAGCUUCUUCUGAUACCACCAUCGGACUGUUUGAUAUUCGAAAGAUAGACACGCCCUUGCAUGCCUUGUCUAGUCACACUGAAGAAGUUUUCCAGGUUGAAUGGGAUCCCAAUCAUGAGACCGUAUUGGCAUCAUCUUCUGAUGACAGAAGGCUAAUGGUUUGGGACCUUAACAGAGUUGGCGAUGAGCAGUUGGAAGGAGAAGCACAGGACGGGCCUCCAGAACUCCUUUUCUCACACGGAGGACACAAGGCUAAAAUAUCAGACUUUUCUUGGAAUAAAAAUGAACCUUGGAUGAUCUCAAGUGUGGCGGACGACAACACAGUACAAAUUUGGCAAAUGGCUGAGAAUAUAUACCGUGAUGAGGAUGAUAUACCAGCUGAAUGAGCUCCCUUGAGCUUUUUCUGUAAUCCUCAGCUUGUCUUAAACUAGUUACAACUUUUCAAAAGGAUAUUAAUGUUUGACUGUGUUUUUCAGAUAGUAUUGUAUCAGUCAGUGACGAUGGUCACCAAGUUUAAGAGUUGUAUCUCAAAUCUAUACAAAAUAGUUUAAACUCAAUGCGCUACAAGACUAAGCUCAACAGAUUUACUGUAUGCUACAACAAAACUCAAAUUAAUUAAGGAAUUUUAGCUAUAAAUUGUAUA